CCAGGCUUAAUAAUGAGAAACACUAUUUAGCUGUCUGACCAAGUCACUAAGGGUUAACUUUUAUUUUUCUCAGCAUCUUUGAUGGGCUUGUAAGUUAGCAAAUGGGUGGACGUUAUGAUGCAGUGAGCUGACCAAUCAGCUGCCAGCUAUGUUCCGUUACAAUUACGCCUCUCGUUUCGCGUCUCUGCACAUUCUUUUGGCGCCUGUACCUGAGCGUAGGAGGCUGCGUUAUCCCCUUGAGAGUAAAUGAGAGCUGUGCCUGAAUCCACUGUUGUCACGGAGCUAAAGGCAGUGAAUUCCGCUAAAAUGGUCAGGUUUUGGUAAAGAGUUGGAAGCCUUGUGCAGCUGAGAUCCAUUCUACAUGUUCCAGACGUUUUUCCAGAGCUUUGUGGAUUCCCAGUCUAGGUGGCUGGGUGGCAAGCCAACCGUGUUUGUGACUCUGACUUUAGACGGAUUGCCAGGAUCUUCCUCAUCUUCAUGGUGGUAGGACAAACACUAACACAAACUUAAAAGGGCCCCAACGGUGAGAAAUGAACUCUUGUCAAUAAAGGCAAGUGGAACUAAGGACGAACUGAGCUCAACGAAGUUAAAAGGAAGGUUGGUUUUUUUUAAAACCUGCUUUCUUAUGUAUGUACCAUCCCUGUGUAUUUAAUACACUUAAUGCAAACUGUCAUUCGGGUGUGGUAUUCUUUUUAUUGACAUUCAAUUCUCAGGCUCUUAACAAUUUAGUGUAUUCUGAUUCUGGUCCACAUUGAUAAGACUACUUUAGACUAUUACACCUAUGUACAUUAUUACUACCUCGUGAUAAGGGUUACAUAAAUUGGCGAGCCAGCCAGGAGCCAGAGACAUUGGAUAUCAAUUUUGAAAGAAUAUGCAAAAUGGACUUCAUACAGAAGUCAAGUGUUAAAAUUCCAAAUGCAGUUAUCGUUAGUGGUUUAACCCAAGUAGCAGACCAAGAUGAGCAAGUUGUUGACUUCCUUAAGAAGUACAGUUCGAUUGAAAGAGCCCUUUCCGUUGAUGAUUCUAAAUCAGAAUUUUACCAAAACCUGAUCAUUGAGUUUUCGAGCAGCUCGGCUUUAGAGUACCUAGAGCCACUUUUGCCAUACACAUACACAGUGCAAGGUGAGCCAUGUGCUAGAUAUGGUGUAAAAGCAUUAAGCAGUGUGUACACGACUCAGAUUGGUAGUAUUGUUACAAAAACAUACCUAGCUGAGCUAAAGGGCUUAGCCAAGCUAAGUGGCAAAGACUAUAGGGAGGUGUUGAAAGAGAUGAUGUCUCAGAUUGGUGAAGAUAUUGAAGCUAUGAGGCACGUAACUACAGAAAUCUCUCCUUCACAUGUUGAGACCCCAGUUGUGACGCGUCAACCUUCUACCCCCGAGGGUCAACAGCCCCUUGUCUCACUCUUGGACACCCCUCUGGAAGGCAGUUGUUUAAGUGCCCCUGAUUCAGUCCUGUUCACUAAUGGAGGGAAAGCUCCGUCCCUUUCAGUAAGUGACAUAAACCCAGCAGAAAUACAGAAGGUGGUGGUUGAGCAUAUUGUAAGGAGGGAAGAUAGUAGCCCACACUUGCAAUCCCCAGUAAGGCUUCGUUCCUUUUCUGGAAAGAUUCCCAGACCCAAUAGUGAAGCUGAUUACGACACUUGGCGCUCACACAUCGAACUGCUUUUAAACGAUCCGAACUUGUCCCAUCUCCAGAUCUCAAGAAGAAUUCUCGAAUGUCUGCUUUCGCCUGCAGCCUAUGUGGUCAAAGGGCUACGGCCUGGAUCACCCCCCACCGCUUACCUGCAACUUUUGGACUAAGCCUUUGGUACUGUUGAGGAUGGGGAGGAACUUUUUACCCAGUUUAUGAACACCCUUCAAGAUCCGGGUGAGAAGCCCUCCACAUAUCUUUAUCGAUUGCAAUUAGCAUUAAACCUAGCUGUAAGAAGGGGUGGAGUUGCGCCUGCCGAGGUGGAUAAAUACCUACUCAAACAGUUCUGUAGGGGAU